ACGCGCAAACUCCCCCGCAUUGCGCCUUCAGCGCCCAUCAAGGUUCCCCAGGGCGCACGCUUGAUAACUUGACUAGCAUUAGUCUCGCUCUGCGACUCAACCUGUUGAGCGGCUUCAACUGUUCAGUGACUUGCCUAUCCAGCGAAUUGCCUUUCCAGCGUCAUCGUCGGCUCCAGGCAAAACAUGGGCAACUCGCAAUCCAGACCUUCUUCGCCAGGGGAGGUGGCACAAGAGAAGGCGCUCUUGGAACGCCUCCGUACCCUGCAGCUGGAUAGGCAAGACGGCUGGGACGAGGACUACGUCUAUGUCGGCGACAAGAAGCAGAAUGACCAGAUGAACGAGAAAGGCCCAGUCACCUCCGAACCCCGGGAGCCCCGCGAACCCGAGGGACUCUCCGUCUCGGAGGCUGAACGGUGGCAGACCGAACUUCUACGAGACCCCAAAAACAGACUAGCCCUCUCGGUACUCAGCGCGGGCAACCCUCGCGAAGUGCUGACCUCGCGCGCGGCCACGAUCGCGGACCAGCAGGUCUUCAACGUGCAGAUCCCAUUCGAAGGGGGGCCGAUCACUAACCAGCGGUCGAGCGGGCGGUGCUGGCUCUUCGCGUCGACCAACGUGUUCCGGGUGGCGCUGAUGCAGAAGUACAACCUCGACUCGUUCGAGCUGUCGCAGGCCUACCUGUUCUUCUGGGACAAGCUCGAGAAGGCCAACUGGUUCCUCGAGCAGGUCAUCUCGACGGCCGGCGAGCCGCUCGAUGGCCGCCUGGUCCAGACCCUGCUGCAGGAGCCCCUCAGUGACGGCGGUCAGUGGGACAUGGUCUACAACCUCGUCGACAAGUACGGCCUCGUGCCCCAGGUCCUGUACCCGGACAGCUUCAACGCCCGCUCCAGCUCCGUCGUCAACAGCAUUGUCUUCACCAAGCUGCGCCAAGGCGCCCUGGCCCUCCGCCGCCUAGCCGCCGCCUCGCCCUCCGGCACCACCACCACGGCGGAAGCCCUCUCGCGCGCCAAGGCCAAGCUGGUCAGGGAGAUCCACGCCAUCCUGACGCUGACCCUCGGGCCCCCGCCGGCCAUCGACGCCGAGUUCGAGUGGGACUUCGUCGACAAGGCUGGGCACGCACGCGCCGUGCGCGCGACGCCGCGGGCCUUCGCGCAGGACUUACACAGCACCAGGCCCAACCCAACCGCAACCAUAGCCGUGACGCCGGCCUCGGUCGCAGGCAUGAUCAGCCUCGUCCACGACCCGCGCCACCCUCCCCUGCGCCUGCUAUCCGUAGACCGGCUGGGCAACGUGGUGGGGGGCCGGGGCGUGCGCUACGUCAACGUCGACAUGCCGGGGCUCAAGCGCGCCUGCGUCGCCCAGCUGCGCGCGGGCCUGCCCGUCUUCUUCGGCUGCGACGUCGGCAAGUUCAGCAGUUCGGCCAGGGGCCUCAUGGACACGGCGCUGAUCGACUACCAGCUGGGCUUCCCGGGCGUCGACGUCCUGGGCGGUCUGGACAAGGCGGAGAGGCUGCGCACGGGGGAGAGCGCCAUGACGCACGCCAUGGUGCUGACGGCUGUGCACGUCGUCGACGAGGGCGUCGGCGGCAGCGGGGAGAGGAACAAGAAGAAGAAGGAGAAGGAGAAGAGGACGGUCCGGUGGCGCGUCCAGAACAGCUGGGGCGAGGACGCCGGCGACAAGGGCUGGUUCGUCAUGACGGACGCGUGGAUGGACCACUUUGUCUACCAGGCCGUCAUCGACCCGCGCUUCCUCGGCAGCGAGGUCAGGGACGUGCUCCGCGGCGAGCCCAUUGUGCUGCCGCUGUGGGAUCCGAUGGGGUCGCUGGCUUGAGGGGUUCCCCCCCACCCUCCGGACCCCCUCUUUUUUCCCCCCUCUCGUCUCCUUUUGUAUUCCCCCCUUCCUUCAAGGUAACGGGGGAGAGAUGAUCUAUCCGUCUCCUCUGUUGUAUUCCGGGCGCUGGGAGGCUCAAGACGUCGUGACGAAUACCUGAUGCGCUAGACAUGGGCUGAUCCAAGUUUGGUUUCUCGAUGAGCGAGUCAAGGAUGUAUCACUUCCGUAGCUGAUCAAGUUCUUAUCAUUCUGGGUUGGUCUCGUGAAUUCGUUUCGCAGCCAACUCGACUACCUGCCCACUGCCUUCGGCACAAAGCAGG